UCUCGAUCCCGUCACCCCUCCACCUGUCACCCCCUGCGACUCCCACGCAGCAUUCAAAUCCGAAGCCGUUCAAUUGCGCCGGCUGUUGUUAUCGCUGGUCGAGGCGAUUACUGAAUUUUGGCACCCGGUUCCAACAGUCCCUGCCUUGCUGCAUCCGACAGGGGUUUCUAACCCGCCACCGCCUGUCCUACCAUUUAACACCUGAAACCCCAGAGUUUUCCGAACCUCGACGACCAAUUACACAUCCACAAUGUCUGCUCGGUCAUUGACGCAUUCCAUUCGCGCGCGCGCUCUCCUCCGCACGCCCCGGACCGCCCAGGGCUUUUCUACUCGCAGCAACCUCCGUGCGGCGGAUCAUGGUGAUCACUACGACCCCCCGACCGGCUGGCUGUUCGGCGUGAAGCCCGGCCAGAAGUACCAGAAGGAAGGCUGGGAGAACAUGUGGUACUAUGGAUUCAUUGGAAGUCUCCUCGCUGCGGGAGUCGCAUAUGUCUUCAAGCCGGAUACCUCGAUACAAACGUGGGCUUUGGAGGAAGCCCGACGGAGGCUGGAAGCCGAGGGUAUCCUGGAGGACCCUGACAAGGUCAAGAAAUAGACUGUUUCGGUCCGGAGUUUGCCUUGUACGCUGUACAUAGAAUGAUCGGACAUGGACGAAAAAUUGGGAUGGGAUUGUACUGUACCAGCAGAUGCGAUUUGCCGGUCCGGCUCUAGACAGG